ACAGAAACAAAAAUUAGCAACAAUUGAAAAAAAAGCUAUUAAUUUAUUUUAUUUUCUAAUAACAAAAAAACUUCAUCCAGAAUCAAACGCAAAAAACAAACGCGCCACGUCGUCAUCGUAGGUUGCCAAGGUGUCCUGAAGCACAACAAACACCACCACCGGUUUGGUUUGGUUUGAUUUUAUUUUCUUCUCUUCUCUUCAAAUUGGCAGAAGGCAUAAAUACAGUAUCGAAUUAAGAAGAUUAUUCAAUUUAGAAGAACAAUCAGCAAGAACAAAAAAUACCAAUUGGCAAAAAGAUACUUACAUACAUAUAUAUACUCCCUUUCAAUGAAUUACUACGACGAAGAAAUCAAGAUAGACGGCUCAGAGCCGAUUAAACUUGAUAAAGUACAGAGUGCGUCCAAAGGAUCCAGGCGUGCAUCGGCCAUCGGUUCAGCUGCUGCCCGACGACGUGCAAUUCAUGCCAAGCCAGACGGAUUACCGCGUUCCUCAUCCACAACAACAAAUGAGGACGACGACGACGACCAACUGGAUGGAGCAGGAGCCAAAGGACUCGUCGAUGAUAGUGAUGCUAGUGAUUCAGAAUCCGAAGACAGCAAGGAGUUUCGGGAACAUCAACAACACGGCACAAGACUUAUUAGCCCCUCUAGUUGGGACAACCUCUCCCUGCCACAAGAGAUAAAAGAGCUAUUUCCUUUCAUUUCAAAAUACACACCCCAGCUUAUCGAGACGGAAUAUCACCUGCAGCCUUUUAUACCCGAAUAUGUACCAGCUGUCGGAGAUGUGGACGCAUUUCUGAGAGUGUCAUUCCCCCCGGUCAUGGAGCGGCGACGUGAACAAGACAUCCAAGAGCAUCUCCAGAAGAUGGGCCUUCAUUUCUUGGACGAACCCAGUGGCCAGCAGAGCGAACCAAGUUUGUUAAGCAUCAAACUUGGAUCCGUACUCACUGGCAGUGCCAGGUCACACUCAGCAUCACAAGUUCCGGUGGCGAAAUCAAUAAAAGAUGUAGAUAAGUGGAUAACAGAAGUUGAACAUAUUCAUUUGGGUCAAUCGAACCAUAAUGUCCAACCGGAAAAGGAUAUCGAGACAAUGAUGAUUGAUUGGCCGCAAUCCUAUGCGACAUUAGAGAAUGAUCUAAAAAAAGCUUAUAACGAUGAUAAUCUAUCACUUGUCGAGUAUAUACGAGUGUUGUGCGAAAAGCUGGACAUUGAUUGUGGACCCGCAUCAUCCGGAGAACUGACUCAGGCGCAAUGCAUUCAAAAAGUAUACACAUUGUUUAGCAUGUAUUUAGCAGCGAAUCAUUCCUAUGAAUAAAAACGUUCAUAGAUUUAUUUAAAUGCGAUUUAAAGUUUUUUGAAGUUAGCUCCAUAAAUGCAGAUUAAAAAUAAUGUCCUUCAGUUUUGCAUAUGUCCUUGAUAUGCGUUUCAAAACGUUUUGUAUAUCGAAAAAAAAUCACUUAAAAUUGCAGAAUUUUCAACAAAAACUAAAAUCAUAUGGCACAUUUUUUAAUUCCCUCAGGCUGUGAAUGAAAUUUUUGAACACAUACAAUAAAGACUCAUUCUUUUGUCUUGCAAUUGAA